AUGAUAUAUUUGAUUUUUUUAUUUUCUGUUUGUUUUGUUUUAGGGGUCCUUGGUGUGGCUGCUAAUCCCGCCCCAUUUUUUGGGGCGGUGGCAUUAGUGUUUGGUGCAUUGGGUUGUUGUGGUGUUUUAGUGGGGCUUGGUGGAUCAUAUAUUGGGAUUGUCUUGCUUUUAAUUUAUCUUGGUGGGAUGCUUGUAGUUGUUGCUUAUUCUGUGGCGCUAGCUGCAGAGCCUUAUCCUGAGGCCUGGGUCAAUCAUUCUGUCUUGAUACAUGUGUUGGGGUAUGUGUUAUUGGUGUUGUUAGUUGGGUGGUGUUUCAUGGAGUUAUUUGUUGAGUCUGGUGUAGAUGCGGCUGGGUUUUUUAGUUUGCGGGGCGAUUUUAGUGGAGUGGUGUUGCUAUUUUCAAUGGGCGGAUGGUUGUUAUUAUUGUCUGGUUGGGGGUUGUUGUUGGCGUUGUUUGUAGUUUUGGAGUUAACACGUGGACGUGCACGGGGAGGCCUGCGUGUGCCGUAG